AUGUAUGCAGAUGAAUAUUGUGCUACCGGAAAGGCAUUGGAUCUUGUUUUAUGUUGCCUUCAUCGUUCGGAACCCAUUGGUUUCGUCCUUUCAACACUGUAUGGAGUAUACUUUGUUCGCCAGUUGAGUCGGAUCUCUGUCAUCCACAUAAACCUUCGAAUUAUCUUGGUAAACAUGAGUAAUGUAUUCAGAGGAUUAUCGUUUAGUGCACAAUUCCUGUCCAAUACAGCACAUUGAGUGGAACAAGGGUUUUGUACAGGAUUGUGACUGAGAAUGACUUGUUACCAGAACCAUGGAUAUUUAUUGUCCGGGCUUUAAUCGACUUUGUUCAUCGACUUGCACUCAAUACUUGCUGCCUUUGCAUCCUUACGAUCGGAGUUGAAAGAGCAUUGGCUGUAAUUUACAGGAAAGACUACGAGAAAAGAAAUGCCAAGAUUGGGACCCGAUUAGUCAUCUCUGUUGUAUGUAUAUUAUAGUGGGUUUUAGUGAUUUAGAUGAUUCUCGGGACAAUGAACAGUAUGGUUAACAGUGUUCUCGAUCUGAUUGAUCUGUUUGCUGGCUCCAACACUUAUGGAUUACCUUACCUAGAUCGUCAUCCUGUAAUUUCUUUCUACUUCAUAAGCUCGGCAUCAACUUUUUGUAUCGUUGGAAGCUCUGUAAGUACAAUCAAUUUAUAAUAAGAACGAUUUGAAGUUGACUUUUGUCUUGUCAAGGAUUGUGAAGAAGAUUUCGAGGAAAGAGAGUAAAGUUGACCUGUCCACCAGAUAUCAGAGUAUGGAAAACAGUGAUACUGUCCAGACAUUACUGCCGACCAUUGUUGGGUAUACCGUAUUCUGCUCUUUCUGCGAGUUGUUCUCUGCUUAUGUAAUUUAUCGAGAUCAGGAUACUUGCGGAGUGGGAACAAGUUGUUCUGAGUUCUUUGUUGAGGUAGCGUUCUUUCCUUUCAUAAGAAGCUUUAGAUGUCCUACAUUUCCAUCAACUGUUACCACUACUUAUUUUUAACCUGGAUCUCGUUGAAGUUCAAGAAAUUGAAUAGAUUAAUCAAGAAUGAUAUACAGAGGAUGUUGAAUGUGAAGCAAGAUAAUCCUUACACGAUCAGCAGAGAUAUCGACCGUCAUUCUCCGGUCGACCAGGGCUACUCUUACUUCCAACAACUCAAGGCGGAAUGGCAGGUCAAAUGA